GCAGCACACGGCUGUAGACUGGAUAGAGAUAGACAGACAGUGAGAACGGGUGAGACGGGUGGAUGCAGAGGACAGGCAGCUACCGCAAGCAGAAAAAUGUCUUUUUUUGAGCUGUGGAGGAGCAUGAAGGAGAGAGAAGAACUUCUGAAGAGAGCCAACGAACGUAGACUUCUUCCAUCACAGCUGAAGCGGCUGCUGACUGAUGCUGGAGUCCGGGCAGCGCUGCAGGAAACCAAGAUGGCGUCUCUGUUGCCUCCUGUUGGUACAGAGACCUUCAGACGCUUCACACCGGCUUCACUGGAGGAGAUCCAACGACAGCAGGCGAGGAAGAAACAGGUGCCGGCGGACGACCGACCCAAACCAGCCAGUGACCUGGAGGCCGGGAAGCCCCUCCCAUUCUUCUACGGAAACCGGCCUCCUGAGCUUCAGAACAUCCCAUUGGAGGAGCUGGAUCCCUUCUACCAAUCACAGAAGACGUUCAUCGUGCUCGGUAAAGGGAACAUCGUCCACCGGUUUAACGCUGAGUCGGUCUUUUACCUGCUGAGUGCGUUCAACCCGCUGAGGACCGUCGCCAUCAGGAUGCUCAUCCACUCAUAUCCUUUAUUGGUCAAUGAAUAUCUCAUUAAUUGUGCGACAAUUUAAGUAAUCCUCAUGUUAGUGCUCUGCUGGUUCAGCGGUGUUUGUCUCUCAAGUCGCUUUAAAGAAGUUCUCAGCUUGUUAUUAUGACCACAUGUUUCCACCAUCAGCAGCUAUGAUACACACGAAAAGGGAACAUAUUAUACUCACUAUAACUAGAGAAAA